UCUAAACGGUAUGCCUUGUCAUCGAGGAAGCUUGGUGAAUGGGACACGAGAUUUAGCGUCGAACAGUCAGACGACUGGCAAGUGGAGCCAAGAAGUCGAUCCGAAACUGUUUACUCGACAGACAACGAAGAAGUGAGUCCUCAGAGUUUUAAGUUUUUGAAGGUCCUCGGGAAAGGAGCUUUUGGAAAAGUGUACUUGGUAAAGAAGCACACUACAGAUGAAAUCCUUGCGAUGAAAGUGCUUGACAAGAAGGAUCUUGUAGACGGCAAAGCCCUGGAGCAUACCAGAACUGAACGCCAUAUUCUUGAGGCCGUUCAGCACCCCUUCAUUGUGUCUCUACGUUAUGCUUUUCAAACCGAGGAGAAGUUCUACAUGGUGAUGGAGUUUCUCAGUGGGGGUGAGCUUUUUUAUCACCUCAAGGUUGCAAGCCGAUUCAAGGAGGAUCGCUCUCGAUUUUAUGCGUCCGAGAUCACAUUAGCAAUCGGUCAUUUGCACGGGCUGGGAAUUGUUUACAGAGAUCUGAAAGCGGAGAACGUUCUUCUCGAUGCCGAAGGCCAUGUUAAACUUACUGACUUCGGACUCGCUAAGAAGGCCAUUCUAGAUAACAAGUCAGCGUCGACGUUUUGUGGCACUCCUGAGUAUAUCGCCCCAGAAAUCCUCUGCAAUUCAGGCCAUGGUCGAGCUGCAGACUGGUGGAGCCUUGGAACACUGUUAUACGAAAUGUUGUGCGGGCUGCCUCCUUUCUAUCAUAAGAACGUGAACAUCAUGUACGAUAGGAUUCUCAACGCCAAGCUGACGUUUCCUGCUUUUCUCACUCCCGUGGCCCGAGACCUUCUCUCCAAGUUGCUCGUGAGAAAUCCUGAGAAGCGGCUGGGAGCUGGACAGAGGGACUAUGAAGAGAUUAUAGAGCACCAGUUCUUCGCAUCAGUGAAUUGGACAAGCAUGCUACAGAAGAAAAUCCGGCCGCCCUUCGUUCCACAAGUGAAGGGAGGCGAUGAUGUUGGAAACUUUGACGUGGUAUUUACGUGCGAACAAAUCACAACUACAGUGUGAUAAUUAAUUGAGCGUGGCUGUGUGUCAAGGGAAAUCAAAUCCAGUACCAAAAUCCAGUGAAGGUGUGUGUGUGUGUGUUG